AUGAACAACUUUCCAACGGCAGUGAAGCAUAUUUUGGCACCCGCCUGCGGCAUUCUUUCGGCAACGCAACUUACUCAGAUGGAUGAUCGUCUUAUGGAGAUGCACGGCUUUUCCAAGCCGUCACUUUCAGCUCUCUCAACUUCCUCAACUCAUCCUACUUCUCUCCUUUCACAGUUGGAGAUCGAACUCAGCAGGCUGGCCGGUGAUAUAGCUUCACUCCAGAAGCAGACAGACUCCCCCUCAUUUCGGCGCCAACCGAAUCCGUCCACCCCGCAUCUCCAGUCUUCACAUUCAACCCGUCAAAACGUAGCUGCCAUCUGCUGUUACCACACCAACUUUGGUGUUAAAGCCCAUCGCUGCAUCUCUCCCUGCUCCUUCGCCUCCAAGCGGAGCAAACGGGUAAAACCAGUCAACCCGAAGGUCAGUGCAGCGAAUCAUACCGACACCUCUUCCGGCUCUGGUCGCACCUUCUAUGUUUGUGACACUGCGACUCGCAGAUGUUUUCUGGUGGACACUGGAGCCCAAAUCAGCGUGGUUCCCCCAACUGCAGCUGAUCUCCGUUUUCCUAGGCGGUCUUCAUCUCCAAGCUAUCAACUGUUCCCCAAUUCCCGUUUUUGGCAGUCUGUCCCUCACCCUGAACAUUGGACUUCGUCGGUCAUUCACUUGGAUCUUUGUGAUUGCUGAGGUCCCUCAUGCAAUCCUCGGCUCGGAUUUCCUUGCCGAAUUCGAUCGCCUUGUUGACUGCCGACGUGCCCGUCUCCUCGACCGCACUACCGGUCUGUUUCUCCGUGGACUAACUCCAUUUACUGCCCCCACCAACUUAUCUGUACUGGAUACAGAUAUUGGUAGUCCUUUUCGGCAACUGCUGCUUAGCCACCCCAACAUAAUUAAACCCCAGUUUCGCAGUGGUGAGAUUCAACAAGAUGUUGUGCACCAUAUCCGCACCUCAAGCCCUCCCGUGUUUGCUUAACCGAGACGACUAGCACCGGUGCGUUUUCAGGCCGCGAAGGCGGAGUUUGAACACAUGCUGCAACUGGGAAUAAUUCGACCGUCCGAGAGCCCUUGGGCGUCCCCCCUGCACCUGGUGCCCAAGGCAACAUCAGGCGACUGGAGACCCUGUGGCGAUUAUCGUGCCCUCAUCAGCGCUACCAUUCCUGAUUGGUACCCCGUGUCUCAUUUUCACGACUUUGCUGGAGCCCUUUUCGGCAAAGCGGUUUUCUCGAAGAUUGAUCUGGUGCGUGCCUUUCAUCAGUUUCCAGUCGCCCCUAAGGACAUCCCUUAAACUGCCGUCAUCACACCCUUCGGUCUCUUUAAGUUCGUACGCCUGCCGUUUGGUCUUCGUAAUGCCGACCAAACGUUCCAGAGGUUCAUCUACCAUGUCUUACGUGGCCUGCCCUUUGUGUAUGCCUACAUUGAUGAUCUCUUGGUGGCCAGUCGGAAUGAAGAAGAAUACAAAGAGCACCUUGCCUUGGUGUUUGACCGCCUUGACAAGUUUGGCAUUGUCAUCAACCCCUCCAAGUGCGUGUUGGGUGUGCCUUCGCUGGAGUUCCUCGGCCAUCAGGUCGACUCUGAAGUUUUGCGUCCCCUCCCCUCCAAGGUUGAUGCAAUUCGUAAUUUUCCUCCUCGAACUACCAAGCGUCAGUUACAGCGAUCCCUCGGCGAGGUAAAUUUUUACCGCAGAUUCCUACCGAAUUGUGCUGACUUCAUGCUGCCGCUCACCAACAUGGUUUCUGGUCCCAACGGUCCCCUUGAGCUGACUGGUGAAGCCCUGACUGCUUUUGAGAGAAUCAAGAAUUCGCUUGCCGAUGCCAACUUACUCACGCAUCCCGCUCCCGAAGCUCAACUUUCUCUGAUGGUAGAUGCCUCGACUGUAGCUGUAGGUGCAGUCCUUCAACAAGACCUUGCUGGUUCGACUCAACCACUUGCCUUUUUCUCCAAAAAGCUCUUACCAGCUGAAACACGCUACAGUACCUUUGGCCGUGAACUACUUGCCAUUAACCUGGCUGUGAAGCAUUUCCGGCAUUUCGUUAAAGGUCGUGACUUCACUGUUUUCACUGACCACAAACCGUUGAGUUUUGCACUCAGUUCCCACUCCGACAAGUACAAUCCGAGGGAAAUCGCCCAACUGGACUACAUCUCUCAAUUUACCACCGACAUCCCCCACAUUGAUGGCACGAGGAAUCAGGUGGCUGAUAUGUUGUCCAGACCCUCACUGUCUUCCCUCCAACUCUCACACGGGGUCGAUCUUUGUGCCAUGGCGGCUGAGAAACAGCGAGUCGGUUGUCCUGGCGACGAGUCGGUUAUUGGUCUCCCACUCAAAGACGUUCCUCUGACCACCGGCUCUGGUACCAUACUUUGUGACGUCUCAACUCCCUUUCAUCGCUCUUUUGUGCCCGCCUCGAUGCGUCAAGCUGUAUUUCAAACGCUGCGUGGACUCUCCCACCCUGGGAUCCGAGCCUCUCAAAAGCUCCUCGCGGAAAGGUUUGUCUGGCCUGGCAUGAACAAGGACGUCAAAGCUUGGGCCCGGUCGUGUCUGAGCUGCCAGCGCAACAAGGUGCAGCGUCACAACAAGUCUCCACCAGGCACUUUCCCCAGUCCCGACGCACGGUUCAGCCAUGUGCAUCUGGAUGUCGUAGGCCUCUUGCCUCCAUCCAGUCGUUUAACCUACCUCCUUACCUGUGUCGAUGGAUAAACUCGCUGGGCUGAAGCUAUUCCUUUGCCGAAUGUUCAGGCUGAAACCGUCGUGAAGGCCUUCGUCAGUCGUUGGUUCGCCAUGUUCGGUGCCCCAUCCACGGUUACGACUGAUCGUGGUGCCCAGUUUGAGUCGGCACUCUUCCGAACGCUAUUCAAUUUCCUUGGCUGCACACGCAUUCGGACGACAGCCCACCACCCAGCUGCCAACGGUAUGGUGGAACGUUUCCAUCGCCAGCUAAAGACCGCCCUGCGUUCCGUAGAAGACCCAGGAAACUGGUCGGACAACCUUCCUCUUGCACUCCUCGGCAUCCGCGCAGCUCUGAAGUCGGAUCUGGGCUGUAGCGCAGCUUAA